AUGGGCGUGUUGGUGGCGAGGCAGGGGCGCGAGCUGCAGCGGUACAGCCAGAGCACCGGCGGGCGCAUCGUGGUGGGCUGCAUCCCGUACCGCGUGCGGCCGUGCGACGGCGAGCUGGAGGUGCUGGUGAUCACGUCCCAGAAGGGGCACGGCAUGAUGUUCCCCAAGGGCGGGUGGGAGGUGGACGAGUCCAUGGACGAGGCCGCCCGGCGCGAGGCCAUCGAGGAGGCCGGCGUCCUCGGCGACACCGAGCCGGUCCUCGGCUUCUGGCACUACAAGAGCCGCCGCUACGUGGACCAGACCUACGAGGGGUUCAUGUUCCCGCUCCGCGUCGCCGACGAGCUCCACCAGUGGCCCGAGAUGGCGUCCCGCAAACGCACCUGGGCAACGGUGCAGCAGGUGAUGGACGGGUGCCCACACUGGUGGAUGCGCGAGGCGCUGGAGCGGCUCGUCGCGCGACACGCCGUGCUGCAGUCUGCUCUAUGA